AUGGUGACUUAUGCUGACUUGAACUAUGAGGACCUGGCGUGUUACCCCGCGAUGGAUGGACUCCCCUUGCCGGGAUUCGCGGACCCCCACCUGGGCAGGAGCCUGCCGCCCCCCUCGCUGAGCCAGAGCUCCCCGUACGGCCCCUCCGGGGUGACCCACCGCGCGGGGGCACCCGCCGGCAUCGGCAACGGCGACGCCUGGAAGCGCGAGAAGGAUGAGAUUUACGGGCACCCGCUGUUCCCGCUCCUGGCGCUGGGGUUCGAGAAGGGCGAGCUUGCCAACCCUGGAUGUGGGACCCAGGCAUCUGGGCUCCCGGCUCCCCCAUGUACCCACCUCGUUCCCCCCUUGCAGAUGAUCCAGGCCAUCCAGGUGCUGCGAUUCCACCUCCUGGAGCUGGAGAAGGUGCACGACCUGUGCGACAACUUCUGCCACCGCUACAUCACCUGCCUCAAGGGGAAGAUGCCGAUCGACCUGGUCAUUGACGACCGGGAUGGCUCCAAGUCCGACCUGGAGGACUACGCCUGCCCCAGCCUCUCCGACCAGGUGGGCCGCCCCGGGGCCCCGUACAGCCCCGAGGGGGCGCCCCUGGGGGGCUACGGCCUGGAGGGGCAGCAGCACCUGGGCGUCCGCCCCCCUGGCGCGAUGGGCGGCGUGGACAUGGCCAUGGGUGUGGAGGGGCCGUGGCCGUACAUGUGACACCCGUGUGCUGCGAGGACGUGUUCCCAGGAUGCACCAGGCCAGGCCGAGCAUGUGUCGCACCUGUGGCGGGCACGGGAUCCAUGCGCCCCCCCCCAGCUCUGCAGGGGCCCCCCUGGGAAGACAGGGUGCCCUCCCCACCCCCAGCUCCCCACGGCCC